AUGGCACAUUCAAGAGGCGGCCGGAACCCUAUAUACUCAUGGAAACACUUUGCCGAUUACCGCUCCAAAGUCACACAGAAGGAAUCGGAAAACGAGGACCCAACAUGGCCCCUUUACCUCGAAGAUGCUUUCCUUGAUGCUCUACUUCUCAUCCCACUCAUGGGAAGACAGAAGUUCAGCUCCAAAGGUGUACUAUAUGGCCGUAACAUGCUGCUGACCGAAUAUCUGUGGAUAUGUCACUGGCUCUUACAUCCUCCGCAUCCAGGCGAGAUUGUGCCUGUAGGCAAGGCACGGGAGAAGCACCCCAUGUACAGAGGUAGAAAGCAAGUGUCUAGUCACAUCCAAGUCCUGAAGGGGUUCUUUCUCACCCAUCCGAUUUUCCACUUCCUCUUUCCGGCCAAGAAAGACGAAAAGGAGGAGGACAGGAGACGCGUCAAAGAAGAUGAGGGCGAGAUCAAGUCCUUUAAGAACAACCGCGUGCUCAUCGCUCUAGCCGAUGGUCGUCUCCCUGAUGAAAGACCUAACUACGACUACUUCGCCCGCCUGCUGGCUGGCGACUCGGAAGUUUUCGUGCGACCAAAGACUUGUUGGAUCUACGUUUCCUCGUCAGAGGUUACGUUAAGCGAAGAUAGCAAACGAGCCUUCGCGGCUGACGGUACCUGCCUGGAAGCGGAUAUCGUCACACCUGACGGUACCCGCCUCGAAUGCAAAGGGGACUAUCCGCAUUUGUUGUUGAAUAGUAACAAGGAGACCAGGAGGGACCUAGACAGGAGCAGGACCGAGGGGGAGCCGCCAAAGCAUCUGCUCCAUGAGUACACCAGAACCCUCACUCAGAAGGAGUCGAGCUCGGUGAAGGAGAUCUCCGCCAGGUGGGACGACCGCUUCCCUGACCUGCGGGACAAGCUAGUGGCCGCCCUCGAUGAUACGCAUCCCUCGCAUGAGCGCACGUCCCGUUGCGUUAUCGGCCCCUGCGACACGGUUCACCUAGACGUCGUCCUCGACCUACACGCGACCAGCCAGUUCCCCUCGGGCACGCACCUUGAGGGCGCUGUCGAGCUGCAGAUAUGCCGCCCUGAGCUGGCGAACCACCGCUGGCGCUCUUUCACCAGCAUCGUGAAGCCCAGGGAGCUGGAACUGGGCGAUAGCGAGCCGCCGUUCUGGAACUGUGCCACGCCGUGUGAGAUCACCGGCCGCCAGAGGGACGUCAUCGUCGUCCCCUUCCCGGCCACGAGCUGGGCCAACACCUUCAUUCGGCUAGCGAGCUACGUGACUGCGGAGCGAGAAAGGCGAGAGCGUCGCUCAGGCCGGGAUUCGAGCAGGCCCAAGAGAGAUGAUGGGGACGACGACAAGCACAAGCCUUCCGGCAAGGUGUACACUCCCCUGGAACUGCUGAGCCAGGUCGCCAUGUACCAGGAAAUCUGGUCGGCACCCAACGACGGGUCGAAGAAGCCCAAUUGGACGCGGCGCUCCAUCAUACUCUGGACCUUCUCCAACGUCCACAGCAAGACGGACGAGAAGGGCAAGACCUCGACGGUCCCGCCUGGGACCAACUGGCGGUUCUUGACUAAGAUCGACCCGACGUCACAGUACCACCAACAGCGCGCCUACGUUACCGGAUCGCCUAGUCUCUGCCGGGAUCAUGUCAUGUCGCCCAACCCUGGCUACACGCAUCACAUCAACGCCACCAUGCACGAGAACUUUAGUUCAGCCUACGAUGCACCUACUAUCACAUUACAAGGGCAGCAGCAACAACAUACAUCCCACCUGGCCGGUCUCAACCUGCUGGAUACUUUCUCUCCCGGCGGGCUGGCCACGCCGCCGCCCACGGCCUCCCUAUCGUCGAGCUACGCCCACAGCUUCGACAGCGCGACCAUCGCCAGCAGCACCGACAGCCUGCACAAUAACAGCAACAGCAACAAUCACCAUCACCACGUGAGCUUCCUGUCGGACACAUCGGGGACUGACAGCAGCCACGGCACCGUGCUGGCCGACCACCACGCGGACCCCUUCCUGGCAGGCCUGGGAGCCCCCGGUUACGACGAUGCCGACUGCGAUCCCAGCCUCCAGGCAUGGGCUAGCGCCGCUACAGGCGGUCUACAUGGCCUGGACCCCGUCGCGCAGUGGGCGACGACGUAUGUCGACAGCCAACAGGGCAGUCUCGCCUGGGCAGACACGAGCGGCAUCGGCGCGGGCAGCGGCGGCGGCGCUGGUGCUGACUUGACAGAGAGCAGUCACUGGCAUGACGCGAGUCGCGACCACACGCCGUGGACAGACGGCAAGGACAGCUUCUGGGCUACAGGGGCUGCGGGCUCGAGCUCCAACGAGGCCACGGGCGAGCUCCCAGGGGAGCAGCAGCAGAGCCAUGAUCCCUGGGCCACGAGCACCUCGUCGGCCUGGCUGCAGUCCAUAGCAGCGGUGGCGGACGCAAAUAGCAACAUGCGGGACGCAUGGGACGACGCACACGUGCACCACAUCCUGGCAUCGUCGACCUCGUCCGUGGGGUCCGCAACAUCCUCGGCGCUGCACCUGCAUCCGAGCCACGCUACGGACGCCGAUCACCAUCUUCACCACCACCAACAACAACUCCGACAUGAUGACAUCCACAACCACCAGCAGGGGCACGACCAGGACUGUGUCACCUCGAUGCUGCAGCAUGGCGGCGGAGGCGGCGAGGACUUCUCCGCCUCCAUCGACGGCGGCGCCGCCCCCACGGCCACCACAGCCACCAACAUGUCCCCGAUGCGGCAAGCCGGCCAGAAGCGGGCGCGGGCCGAGGAAGAGGACGGCGAUGACGCUGGCGACGGAGGCGCGGCAUACCCAUGCCACUCGAUCCGCAAGCUCACGCACUCGAGCAGCACCCGCGCGCCCGCUGCCGUCAUGCUGGAGUCGCCCCAGCACGAGGACGAGGCACAGCCGCCUUUCCUGUAG